AAACAGCGCUCCAUUUAGCGUCAAGGUCAUCUCUCCAUCCGGUUGAAGUACUUUGGCAAAAUGAAACGUCUUGGUAAAAACAAAAAACGGCGAUGGCAGUAUUGCUACAAGGAUAUCGAUUCUAAAAUUCAAGAUGCAGCUCAUCACAAAAGAAUGUAAAUUGUAGUAUUUAUAGAUUAAAACAUUUCAGAAUCGAGCAGGACUUUACACAAGUGUCAACACUAAGCAAAAAAAACUACAUCGUAAAGGGAGAUAAGAAUUCAGCGAAAACUUUCAACGAUAUCCCUAGCGCAUGCGACAGAAGGUUGCAUACUUCGCAACAAAAACUGGAAAAAAGGAAACUUCUUGAGAUUGAUAUCUGGAAAGAUGUACCUGCUUCAACAAUGUCUUCCAGCAAAGGGUCUACUCCAAAAAACACAGUCGAUAACGAUCUUGGAAACCAUUCCCUACCUUGUCCAGGACAAUCAUACAACCCUACUUUGCACGACCACUUAUCACUCAUUUCACGAUUAAAAGCUAUCGAGUUUGCAAAGCAAAGACGGGAGCUUAAAACGGAGCGCUUUGUCAGCAGUCUAAGGGGUGUUAACUCGUCACUGAACCCUCUGAAAGAUAUGGAGAAGUUCCUUCAUUCAUUAAAUGCCGAGUCUCACUUUACAAAAAGUAGCGAAGACGUUGAUGAAAUUUUUCUGUCUCGGAAAAAGCCUAAAAAAGUGGACCCUCACAAAAAAAUGAAAAACGAUCUCGAAAAUUUACCUAAGUUGCUUAAAGAAAUCAAACGUGAAAAGAAAACCAGAGAAAGACGGAAGUCAGCAGCCAAAGCUAAAAACGAAAUCCGUUGUAAACUAAAAAAAGUCGACCUGAAUAUCCCGUUCCAGUUGCCCAAUGAGAUAUCGUCAUCAUUAAGAAAGUUGUGUAUAACUAAGUUAUUCUACUAAACUAAUAGAUACUGGGAAACUUAUCUCAUCCGUCUCGUAAUGGAGAUGAAAUCAAAGACACCGUUAGGAAUUGAUUAGCGUAGACUAAUGCAUGUUGCCGGUCAAAAACUUGAUUCGAGGAUAUGGAUCUUUUAUGUGCUCACGUGGUACAACGCAGUCUAUUUUGAAAAAAAUUAUAAGAUUUACGAUUAGGUUACUCGACUUUUGGAUCUACUGAACUACAGUUGAAUGCAGCGCGC